GGCGCCCCUUAUAGGGCAGUGUUGGAAACUGCAGGAGCAAACAUGGCAGCUGCUGUCAGGAUGAGGACGUGGAGCUGUCCGAGCAUUGGAGUUUUCUCUCAGUGGAUGGUGUUUUUUACAGUUUUAUUCAGUAGCGUAAAUGAAACAGUCGCCGCACCAGAAGCAGGGCUAAAGGAAUUUGUGGUUGUUAAUGGCUCACAACCGCUCAUAUUACAGAAAGCCAUGUUUAAAGACACAGAUGUUGUACUUAAAGUUGUGUCUUUUAGAUGUCCCAAGAAGGUGGAAUUCACGAUCCACUGGGUUUUAAAAUAUCAUCCCUGUUACAAUGAAUAUAAUAAUAUUGAAGAGAUAUACAAAAUGACGCAGCUGAGCCGAGGGGAGAGCCUGGACCCAAAACCCAAUGCUCCGGGCGAGUACAUACAACACAAACACAGUCCAAUUACCUGUAAAAGCGACCUGCUCUCCUUUCCUGGGCUCAGCAAAGCCAAGGCAAAGCCACGGCCAGUCAUUUUACCUGCAGAGAGUGAAGUUCUAGAAAAAAGUGAUCCUGAAUGGAUUUCAGCUGAGUACAACACCAACAGCACCAGAGAGAACGUUAUAGCCACCACAUGGAGGGAUGGGCCUUAUCUGCUAGUUGUUAAGGUUAUUUCCAAUACAAAGGAGGCCAACUGGAAUUUAACAGUUAAUGUGGUGAUGAGAGGCAGCCACGGCUACAUUUCUAUCACAGAAUGGCCGCUCAUGAUUUUUUACAUGGUAAUGUGCAUCGUGUACAUCCUGUACGCCUUGCUGUGGUUCAUAUGGGCAGCCUGCUACUGGAAAGAUUUGCUGAGGAUCCAGUUCUGGAUAGCAGGAGUCAUUUUCCUCGGCAUGGUGGAGAAGGCUGUCUUCUGCGCUGAAUAUGAAAACACCAAUGCUGUCGGCUCUGCUUCUCCAGGCUUGUUGAUCUUUGCUGAGCUGGUCUGUGCCCUCAAGAGGACUUUGGCACGGCUGCUCGUCAUCAUCGUCAGCCUGGGCUAUGGCAUUAUAAAGCCUCGGCUUGGAACUGUGAUGCACAGAGUCGUGGGGCUCGGCGUCCUCUACUUUGCAUUUGCAAGCAUUGAAGGUGUCUUGAGAAUUACAGGGACAAAAGACUCUGACUUGGCCCUGUUGGCCAACAUUCCCCUGGCUCUGCUUGAUUCUUCUUUAUGCUGGUGGAUCUUCGUCAGCUUAGCCCAGACCAUCAAGACUCUGAAGCUGAGGAGAAACCCUGUGAAGCUGUCUCUCUACAGGCACUUUACAAACACGCUAAUAUUUGCUGUCAUUGCCUCCAUCAUCUUUAUGGCUUGGUCUGCUAAAAAGCUACACUUAGCAGAUUGCCAGUCUGACUGGAUUGAGGUGUGGGUAGAGGAUGCUUUCUGGAGAUUCUUGUUCUCCUUUGUUCUACUCGUCAUAAUGUUUUUAUGGCGCCCGUCAGCAAACAACCAAAGGUACGCCUUCACACCUCUCAUGGAUGACUCUGAUGAUGAGGAGAUUGAGGAGUUCAUUGCAUCUUCAAACAUUGCUGAUGGCAUAAAGUUCAGAGCAGCUAAAAGUGAGACAAAUGGCACAGCAAAGCCUUCAGAAACAAACGCGGAUGAAGACUUGAAAUGGGUGGAGGACAACAUUCCUAGCUCUCUUACUGAUGUAGCCCUUCCAGUUCUGCUCGAUUCAGAUGAGGAAAUCAUGACGACAAAGUAUGAGAUGUCAAAGCUGGAGUGAUGCAGAAAGCUCCCAGCUGAUGGAUAAACAGCAGCUGCUCCUGACACUAAGACAGAGCUUCCACCAGGAUUAUCUACUGGACGUGGUGGAGUUAUUGUUUUUUUUCCAGGGCAUCCUCUUGAGUAGCUGCUACCUCACAGGGUAGUGCAGGCAACACAGUUUAUGGGGUGGAUGUGUUGCUAUUUUCCAUUUUCUCUCUUUUGUUGUUUACUACAAAAAACAAUUUUUGUCCCUUUACAGCCUAAAAGAUUCUCUUUUUUCUGACACUCGAUCGGUUUUGAGCUUUCCAAAGAGUAAUUCCUUUUAUAUCAAGUUAUAUAUUUAUUGUAGUUGUAUACUAUACAUUUAUUCUACUGGAGUGGGCCUCAUGCAUAUACACACUCUUAAAUGUAUGUGAAUGGUUUAACACUUAAAAAUGUCUGAAAGCCUGUUUUCUCCAAUAAGUAUUUAACAAAUGAUUUAUGAAAGUUAAAUUUACGAAAAGAUUUUAAUUACACCAAAUUCAAUAUUUAACAACAAGUCAUGAUUUUGGUUUAUAAAUAAACUUGCCGAUGUUUGUAUAAGUCGGAGGAAUUCGUUUUGCAAACAUCAGGAGUGUCCUGAGCAUCCUGUUUUUACCAGAUUAAGAAUCCUAGCUAUGGCAACUUUUUAAACUGCAACGCGAUCAUUUUGCAUAGAUCAUUUGCUAUUAUGCACUUUUCAGGAUCAAAGCUGUGCCUACAUGUCUGUCUUUUAUUCGUAAGCCCUCAUUUAGUGGGUGUCUGAGAGCAACAUGACUGAAAGGAUAUUUUGUGUCUCAGAUUAAAACAACCCGGCAACCCGAGAGUGAACGUGUGUGUGAGGAAAAAGCAAAAUUGAGGAUUUGUAUAAAUUUAAUUGUGGCUGGGUUAGUUCAGAAGUGUAGAACUAGAGAUGGUUGUCGUGUUUUCAAACUACUGUGUUGGUGUGGGUGGGAGCAUGGGAAACGGAGCAAUUUGCUGUAUGUCAGGAAUGUCAUUAUUUAUUUCUGUUUCAAGUGUACUUAUAUGUUUAAUGGCUGUGUUUACCCAUGUUUACUGUAAAGUGUGAUUACGUCAUGUGCUUCCAGUUGUCGAGGUCUUUUGGACUCUGCACUAUCCUAAAAUAUUGGCAUCCUGCAGAUUUAUUUAUUUGUAAUCUUUGUGGGGUUUUUUUCGCAUUCACAGAAAUCUUCGUAACGUCCAAAUUCUUUCAGUCUUAUUCCGUUUUAUUUUUCUGAAAUGACCGGCCCAAGUUUUGUUGGCGUCGGCUCUGUGUCGGCAGACUAGACUGUCACACUUCUGCAUGUUGCCUGAAGUAAACGUAACAGCAGAGGUGGUUAUGUUUGUCUUGGCGACGUUGUCACACAUUAAUAUGAGUAAUGUGGUAAGCACAGGCUGACCAUUUGAAUGGUUGAUAAUGUCCUCAUUGCAUUUGUUUUUGUAUUGGUUGGAAACCUGGAAAUAUUUGUGCUUAUGAUGGCCAGCCGUUCUGUUAUAUAAAACUGCAGACACCUGCAGCCGACCUCGGAUUAUUUGUACAGGUGGGUUUUGGCCCAGUUCUGUUUAUUUUUUUUAUAAUUCAAGAAGUGGGAAGUGUUUGGAUAAGAGAACUCGUCUUUUUUGUGUCUUUUUCCUUGCUGAAAUUGACCUGAAGUAUCGCAGUUGAACCAUGCUAUAACGAGGGUUUUCCUUAUUUUCACAAACUGUGUUCAACGCACUCAAUAAAUAAUAAAGCUUUCUAGAAAAUUUCUGAUUGAAGAUUAAAUGACGAGAAACAUUU